CGGGCACAUCGGCGGUGCCUGCCUGCGCAUUGCCAUCUCGUAACUGCAACAUGGAUCCCCGUAUAUAUAGCUCAGAGCAACUUGGCCACCAUCUUAUCCACUCCCUUCCAUUUCCGACUCUGGGCCGUGUGUGUGCGAAGGGAUCUCACCUUCGCACGCCAUCUAACUUAUCUCUCGGAGAGACGAAUACUUCGUCCGAGCAGUUCACAGUCCUCGUACCACGAGCACUGGCAGCUGUCUGACUGAGUGACGGUCGCUGCAGCCUUCAGAUACCUCCGACUCCAGCUGCCAGAGGUGUGACUCUUGCCGUAAGGACAGCACUUCGAAACAGUCUACACGGUCCCCCCUGUUGAAUUGCCACUGGACGUCGAGUGAAUAUGCCUUUCGGAACGGUGCAGCUGAACGAUGGCAAUAAGAUGCCAGUCAUUGCGUUCGGGACGGGCUCGAAGUGGAAGGGCCAGGACGUCACGGACUAUGUCUCGGAAGCCAUAGAGGCGGGGUUCUCCCAUCUCGAUACCGCGCAAUUCUACCGCAACGAGGAUAGUGUCGGUGCCGCCAUCCGUCAGACGGGUCUCAGCCGCUCGGAACUGUUCGUCACUACCAAAUGGUCUGGCCUGACAAGUAUCCGUGAUGCAGUCGAGUCCAGCCUCGCCCAGCUCGAUCUGAAGCAGGUCGACUUGUAUCUCAUCCAUAACCCCGCAUUCAUCAAGGACCUGGAGAAGGACUGGAAGGAGUUCGAGAGGAUCAGGGAAGACGGGCUGUCAAGGAGCAUCGGCGUUAGCAACUUCGACAUCACGCUGCUGCGAAAUCUCUUGCAGACAGCUCACAUCAAACCCGCUGUCAACCAGAUCCUGUUGCACCCCUACAACUACGCUGAAAACAAGGAGCUCCUUCAGUACUGCGCUGAGCAGGGGAUCGUGGUGGAGGCAUACAGCAGCCUGACGCCCAUUACACGAUACCCAGGUGGUCCAGUAGUCAAGGCCUUGCGAGGGCCUGCGAGGAGACUCGGCGCGUCGCCCGUGCAAAUCCUUCUUUCUUGGGUCAAGGCUAAAGGCGCCGUCAUCGUCACGACAAGUUCCACCAGAGAGCAUAUGGACGAGUACCUUGCUGUGGGCGACCUUCCUGAUCUGACGGACGACGAGAUUGCUGCUAUUGACGCCGCUGGGGCGAAGGGACUGCCUUCGUACCAAAUGGGUGACAGGCUCUGCAUCUUCUUCCUGUGUUUCCAAGUCAUCUGUCUCUUACUACUACUGCACGUCUGCGGUUGGAUACACGUUCCUUUCUUCGCAUAGUUCCAUUUAUGACCAUUGUCAAUAAUUAUUCUCACUGCAGGCUUUGCCGCCUCGCCCCGUAGCUAGAUGUGUGACUAGCCUAUGGUUUAUACUAUUUUCCGUCGCUGUAGUCUCCUCAGCGCCGGUCGACGACUGACGCAC